UGAUUGGGCGGCGUGGCGCAAUGCGCGCGACCUUUUAGACACCAAACUGUCGGGACUCUGUCCCCGGUACUGUAGGCGCUUCCGCCCGUAAACCGAAGCCGAGGAGGAUACUUCCGUGCUUGGGCAUUUGCAGAGGGCGAGCGGUUGGCCGAGGGGCUUGGUGGUCUUGCAACUGAGCUGCCCUGCUGCCGCGUCAGUUUAUUCCUGGCGUUUGGAUGCACGAGCUUCAGUUGCUAAAUUUCACUUCCCAAUUCCGCAAGAGCUCUGGGCGGCAAAGAGUUAUGGAGAAGCGCCUGCAGGAGGCUCAGCUGUACAAGGAGAAAGGGAACCAGCGUUACCGAGAAGGGAAGUACCGAGAUGCUGUAAGUAGGUACCAUCGAGCUCUGCUCCAGCUGCGGGGUCUGGAUCCAAGUCUGCCCUCCCCGAUACCUAAUCUAGGACCUCAGGGCCCGGCCCUCACACCUGAACAGGAGAACAUACUGCACACCACCCAGACAGACUGCUACAACAAUCUGGCUGCCUGUCUCCUUCAGAUGGAGCCAGUGAACUAUGAACGAGUGAAAGAAUACAGUCAGAAAGUCCUGGAACGACAACCUGAUAAUGCCAAGGCCUUGUAUCGGGCUGGAGUGGCCUCCUUCCAUCUGCAGGACUACGACCAGGCUCAGUACUACCUCCUGGCUGCGGUCAAUAGACAGCCCAAAGACGCCAAUGUCCGGCGGUACCUCCAGCUAACACAGUCGGAACUCAGUAGCUACCAUCAGAAAGAGAGACAGCUCUACCUGGGCAUGUUUGGUUAACAAAGAAGAAAGAUGCUGUUCCACUUGAACUUGAAAGUUAAAGACCCAUGGAGGGGAAACCUGAGCCUCUGCAAGAGAAAUUAACCCCAUGCCUCUGACCCAGGUGGAUUUCUGUUCUGUUUCUAGCCCUGCACAAACUCUUUGGCAUUUAUGCAGUCUGUGUCUUUGGUGGGUUUUGUUUUGUUUUUUAGGUUUUUUUUUUUUUUUGGCUUCUCCAUCUAUGUAUUUGUAUAGCUUUCUAUACAUGAUAUUCUUGGGGAUGUUUGCCUUGAGAUAUACAAUCAGCGAUAGGUGCAAUUAAUCCUCUCUGUGGCAUAGAUUUUAAUGAUAGAUGAUGUUACAUGUAUCCAUACACAGAGGAAAAAGCUACUAAAGGAUGAAAGAAUGACAAAAGAGUUUUUUCUCUGUUUCCUCAGAUGCCCAAAGCCAAAGUCACACAGGCCACAAACUGGGAAAUAUAUUUUUCUGUGAAAACAAUUAUAAAUUGGACCCACAUGACUUCAAAGGGGAAGAUUUGAAAUUAACCAUUUUGAUUAAAUCAAUUCCUUAUUCUUAAUAUUCCAUGCACAUUCAGAUUCUUUGUCUCCCCCCCUGCCAUGAAAGUAUCUAGUUUCUAUUUUUUCUGGUGAUAAUUUCUAGUCCCUGCCAUUGUUCAUACUCAGAGCAUUCAUACAAUAUACUUAUUUAUUUUUUCAUUAAACUCUUCUAUCUUAAAACCUUGAGUCAAGCAUUUAAGUAUUUAAUAAUUCUUUAGCCCUCGUGCCAAAAAACAAA